AUGUCUUUUUACAGUUCUUUAAGAGAGCAAUCGCAUUGUUUCAUCAUCCCUGUAUCGUGGCACGAGGCCGGCUCUCACUCCCGGUUGGUGGAGCUAGAAGCCACUUUAUUACUACCAAAGCUACUGACGAGGUCUCACCUUUGCAACUCACACACUCACGCGCGUAUUUCUUCUACUGACGAUACACCGAAGGAGACUCGCGGAGAUUGGGAGUCGCAGGAUAUCUUUGGCGGAAAUGAUCUGCAGUCGGGUGCUCGGCGCGCGUCUGGCGCCGUGCUGGCCGGCGUCCUCCGCUCUCACGCCGUUGCGCCAGCCACAAGCAUCAUUCGUAAGGCGGCGCAGCACCGAGCUUUCAGCAGCGCGCCGCGCCAAUUGCGCGAGAAGGCUUCGUUCAGGGAAACGGGCUCUACUGCGGCGGCUGUGGAUGACACUGGCUCAGAGAGGAACCCUUCCUUUGCGGAUAUUGCAUUUGCAUUCGACAUUGAUGGCGUGCUGUACCAAGGACAAAAAGGUAUCCCAGGUGCCAAAGAGAUGCUGCAGAAAAUCCGGCAGCUGGGGUUACGCUACGUGUUUUUGACCAACGGCGGCGGCGCGCAUGAGAAUGCCAAGGUGGCAUCUCUGGCGAAGCGGCUGGGCCUCGAGAAUCCAGAACAUGUGCUCAAGGAUAGAGUGAUAUUGUCGCAUACGCCCAUGCGGAGCUGGGAUGAAGAUGUCAAGAAGAACGGCACCGUGCUGGUCACGGCAUCCCAGCCUGAAACAGCAAGGCAGCUUGCCAGAGAAUACGGGUUUCAGCGAGCGGUGACGCCGGCGGACUUGCUGGCCGCCAAUGGACAUAUUUACCCGUUUGCUCAUCUCCGCGACAGCCUGCACAAGGAAUCUUCGCCGUUGCCAGACGGGAAGAGCGCCGCCGCCAUCAGCGACCCGUACAGCCGCGUCAUCCCCCCCGACGCGCUCAAAAUUGACCAGAUCCUGGUGUGGAACGACCCACGCGACUGGUCGCUCGACAUCCAGGUGAUCCACGACCUGCUCGUCUCGUACCGGGGCUACCCGGGCACGCUGUCGACCAAGAACGGCGACCGGACGCUGACCGACGCCGGGUGGCAGCAGGACGGGCAGCCGGGGCUGUGGAUUUCGAACCUGGACCUCGUGUGGAAGACGGAGUACCCGGUGAACCGGUUCGGUACGGGCGCGUUCCUGGAGGCGCUCAAGGGCGUGUGGGCGGCGGUGACGGGGGGCGCGGCGCCGCUGCGGUACCAGGCGCUGGGCAAGCCGUCGCGGCGCACGUACGAGUACGCGCACGAACGGCUGCUGCGGUACGACGCCGACGUGCUGGGGCAAGGCGGCACGGCGACGAGGCCGCUGCGCAGGGUCUACAUGAUUGGCGACAACCCGGAGAGCGAUAUCCGCGGGGCCAACGACUUUGCGCCAGGCGAUGGUGCGCAGUGGGAGUCGAUCCUGGUGCGCACGGGUGUCUUUCAGCCCACGCUGCAGGAGCCCGAGCCGCGGUACAAGCCGACGGUGAUUGUCGAUGAUGUGGUGGACGCGGUGGUGUGGGCGCUGCGAAACGAGGGCAUGGACGUGUCACGGGACUGGCUGCUGUCCAAGUAA